UUUUUUCAGUUAACGUGCGUUGGUAGUUUACAGUCCUUAGAGCAUUUUUGUGUUUCCCUGCUGCUUCCAUAAAAAUGAGAAUCCAGCCCUGGGUAUUCAAGCAAAUUGAGAAUCAAAUCACACUCAUCUUGAAAAAUUGCCUCAGCUUCAGAGAUUUGAAGAAGAUCCAUGCUCACGCUCUAGUCUCUUCAAUGUCCCAAAGUUGCUAUCUUGCUACCCAAAUUAUCAACGUCUGCAACGUCAAAGCCAAAAUAGAUUAUGCAACUUUAGUCUUCAGCCAAAUUACUGACCCAAAUAUAUUUCUAUACAAUGCUCUGAUCAGAGCUUACACCCAAAACAACCAUUUUUACCAAGCUAUCGUUCUCUACAGACAAAUGCUUAGAUCCCCACAAGCUCAAAUAACAAUCUUGGCUGACAAAUUCACCUAUCCUUUUGUGAUCAAAGCUUGUGCUGGGAUUUUACUUCUUGAUUCUGGCAAGCAAGUCCACGCCCAUGUUUUCAGAUCUGGGUUGGAUUCAGUUCCCAUUAUUCAAAACUCUCUUAUUGAAAUGUACAGCAAAUGUGAUGAUUUAAUCAAUGUACGGAACCUGUUUGAUGAAAUGCCUGAGAGAGAUGUGCUCACUUAUAAUACCCUAGUUUCAGCCUAUGCCAGACUGAGUCAGAUGAAGAAAGCAAGGGCAAUCUUUGAUUCAAUGCCAAAUAGAACGAUUGUCUCUUGGACUGCUUUGAUUUGUGGGUAUACUUCAGCUUGUCAGUACUCUAAAGCUAUCGAAGGUUUUCAUAAAAUGCAGUCAGAAGGAUUUGAGCCUGAUGAUAUUUGCAUUGUUUCUAUUCUUCCUGCGUGCUCUCACCUUGGAGCUCUUGAGCUUGGCAAGUGGUUACACACGUAUUCUAAGAAACAUGGCUUCACUAAAAAGAUUUACGUUUGCAAUGCUCUUAUCGAAAUGUACUCAAAAUGUGGCAGUAUUGACCAAGCAAAGCAAAUUUUCGAUGAUAUGAUUGAUAGAGAUGUCAUCACUUGGAGUUCAACAGUUGGAGGACUUGCAGCUCAUGGGAGAGCUCGAGAGGCAAUAGAGUUAUUUACAACGAUGGAGAAGGAGAACAGAGUAAAGCCGAACAAAAUUACCUUCGUCGGUGUCUUAAAUGCUUGUGCUCAUGGUGGCCUAUUAGACGAAGGAUUGAACUACUUCAGUUCAAUGACGAAUAUCUACGGGUUUAUUCCUGAAAUCGAGCAUUAUGGUUGUCUCAUCGAUCUCCUAGGUCGAUCAGGGCACAUUACACGUGCACUGGAGAUAAUCAGUGGCAUGCCAGUGCCUGCAGAUGCAGCGAUAUGGGGAUCAUUACUAAGCGCUUGUAGGACUCACGGCGAUAUAAAUACAGCAGUUAGGGCAAUGGAAGAGCUUGUGGAGCUCGAGCCAGAGGAUUCAGGGAAUUAUGUGUUGCUUUCUAAUGCUUAUGCUGCUGAAGGGAGAUGGGAUGGGGUUGCAAGGUUGAGGAAAAUGAUGAGGGGGAGGAGGUUGAAGAGGACUCCAGGAUGUAGCUUGAUUGAAGUGCAUAAUGUUGUUCAAGAGUUUAUAGCAGGAGAUUGUUUGAAUUUGGAGUUUGGGGGGAUUUCUGAGAUGUUGGAUUUGUUGGUUUUAAGCAUAGGAGAGGCUGAAGAAGAGGUAAAAAUGUUCGAGUUUAAGUUGGAUGUUUAGCGUUGACUGUUUGCUCGAUGAAGAAUGUAGUAAGGUAAAAUUUUGAAUCUGAGUUUAGCCAGAUACCCAACUAUUGUAACGGAUUAAUUGAGGAUUGAUCCUCUAUACUGUCGCCCAUUUGCAGACAAGCACCUUGGUGGUUUUUUUUGACACUUUUACCCUCACGAGUUCUGUUUGUCAAAAAACAAUUUACUCUUUUCGUGAGGGUAACAGAUUCAAAAAAAAAUCCCUCCUCAACUCUAUCUGUAGCAAAAGAACAAUAUUGGGCGACGGUA